UACCUACCUGGACUGCUGAGUACCCCCACAGUAAAGGGUCCGGGUUCUGGUUACACCUGUCUUCCUCCCCCUCUGGCUCCCCCACCCCCAGCCCUGGACCUCAGUUUCUCUCUCGGUCUGUUUUAGGAAGAAGCCAGAAGGCAUGGCUAGGCCCCAGCAGGUCCUCCAGGCAGGGUGGGAUGGCGGGAGACGGAGGCCCUCAGACAUUCACUGGUUCCCUCCACCCAUGCCCUGGGUGACAUCAGAGGAGGAGGAAAGAAAGAGCAUCCAUUCGAUUGUGUGUGUCCAGUGUGUGGGGAGGCAGAGGGCAGGUGGCGCCUAGGCAGGGUGGGGGUGUGGUUGAUUUGGGAUGGAGCCUCGAGGCUGGCAAGGAGAGGGGGCUCCCGAGGAGGAGAGGAGGCAGGAGGGACGGGAUGCUAUUGGUGCGUCUCAGACAAAGGCGGAGGGAGGGGGCUCUCGCGGAUGGACGGGAACAAAGACGGAAGGGAUUGUGGGGGUUCAGGAUGGCUGUGGAGGGACAGCCGAGCUGAGGGAGGAGGCACCGGCCAGCUGGACAGAGGGAGGAGGCUGGACCCGAGGGAAAAGCCGGGCAGGAGCACAAAGAGCUGGGCUCUGACCCAGCUGAGGAGAGCAUGGACAGAGCCACGGGGACCCUCUCGUGAAUGGAGGGAGGUGGGGCUUCGGGGGCGUCCCGGGCCAGGACUCAAAGCCUUGGGACGACCUCGGCACUGCAGGAGUUGAAGAUGGCCAGCUCCAUGGCUUCAUACGAGCAGCUGGUGAGGCAGGUGGAGGCCUUGAAGGCCGAGAACACACACUUAAGGCAGGAGCUGAGGGAUAACUCCAGCCACCUCUCCAAGCUGGAGACAGAGACUUCGGGCAUGAAGGAGGUUCUGAAACACCUUCAGGGCAAGCUGGAGCAGGAGGCGCGGGUCCUGGUGUCCUCCGGUCAGACCGAAGUGUUAGAGCAGCUGAAAGCUCUUCAGACUGACAUCAGCAGCCUCUACAACCUAAAGUUCCAGCCCCCGGCCCUGGGCCCGGAGCCUGCCGCCCGGACCCCAGAGGGAAGCCCAGUGCAUGGCUCGGGCCCGUCCAAGGACAGUUUCGGGGAGCUGAGCCGGGCCACCAUCCGCCUGCUGGAAGAACUGGACCAGGAGCGAUGCUUCCUACUGAGCGAGAUCGAGAAAGAGGAGAAGGAGAAGCUCUGGUAUUACUCUCAGCUGCAGGGCCUGUCCAAGCGCUUGGAUGAGUUGCCACACGUGGACACGCAGUUCUCGAUGCAGAUGGAUCUGAUCCGGCAGCAGCUGGAGUUCGAGGCCCAGCACAUCCGCUCGCUGAUGGAGGAGCGCUUCGGCACCUCGGACGAGAUGGUGCAGCGCGCGCAGAUCCGCGCUUCGCGCCUGGAGCAGAUUGACAAGGAGCUGUUGGAGGCCCAGGACCGGGUGCAGCAGACGGAGCCCCAGGCUCUGCUGGCAGUGAAGCCCGUGGCAGUGGAGGAGGAGCAGGAGCUGGAAGUUCCCACGAACCCUGAGGACGGCACCCCUCAGCCCGGCAACAGCAAGGUGGAGGUGGUCUUCUGGCUCCUGUCCAUGCUGGCAACGCGCGACCAGGAGGAUACGGCGCGCACGCUGCUGGCCAUGUCCAGCUCUCCCGAGAGCUGCGUAGCCAUGCGCCGCUCGGGCUGUCUGCCGCUGUUGCUCCAGAUCCUUCACGGCGCCGAGGCCGGGGCUGGGGGUCGUGCGGGGGCCCCUGGGGCCCCUGGGGCCAAAGACGCACGCAUGCGCGCCAACGCGGCCCUGCACAACAUCGUUUUCUCCCAGCCGGAUCAGGGCCUGGCGCGCAAGGAGAUGCGUGUGCUGCACGUGCUGGAGCAGAUCCGCGCCUACUGUGAGACCUGCUGGGACUGGCUGCAGGCGCGCGACGGCGGGACCGAGGCGGGGGCAGGAGGCGCCCCUGUUCCCAUCGAGCCUCAGAUCUGCCAGGCGACCUGUGCCGUGAUGAAGCUGUCCUUUGACGAGGAAUACCGUCGGGCUAUGAACGAACUAGGGGGGCUGCAGGCUGUGGCCGAGCUGCUGCAAGUGGACUAUGAGAUGCACAAAAUGACCCGGGACCCGCUCAACCUUGCCCUGCGCCGAUACGCCGGCAUGACCCUCACCAACCUCACCUUUGGAGAUGUUGCCAACAAGGCCACCCUGUGUGCCCGCCGAGGCUGCAUGGAAGCCAUCGUGGCCCAGCUGGCCUCCGAGAGCGAGGAGCUGCAUCAGGUCGUGUCCAGUAUCCUGCGGAAUCUGUCGUGGCGUGCGGACAUCAGCAGCAAGAAGGUGCUGAGGGAAGUGGGCAGCAUGACGGCCCUCAUGGAGUGUGUGCUGCGGGCCUCCAAGGAGUCCACCCUGAAGAGCGUGCUCAGUGCUCUGUGGAACCUGUCUGCACACAGCACCGAGAACAAGGCGGCCAUCUGCCAGGUCGAUGGUGCGCUGGGUUUCCUGGUGAGCACACUCACCUAUCGCUGCCAAGGCAACUCCCUGGCGGUCAUCGAGAGCGGGGGUGGGAUCCUGCGCAACGUGUCAAGCCUCGUCGCCACCCGAGAGGACUACAGGCAGGUGCUCCGUGACCACAACUGCCUGCAAACGCUGCUGCAGCACCUCACGUCCCACAGCCUGACCAUCGUGAGCAAUGCCUGCGGCACCCUCUGGAACCUGUCGGCCCGCAGCCCCCGGGACCAGGAACUGCUGUGGGACCUGGGGGCCGUGGGCAUGCUGCGCAACCUCGUCCACUCCAAACACAAGAUGAUCGCCAUGGGUAGUGCGGCGGCCCUGCGGAACCUGCUGGCCCACCGCCCUGCCAAGUACCAGGCAGCGGCCACGGCCAUCUCCCCGGGCACCUGCGUGCCCAGCCUGUACGUCCGGAAGCAGAGGGCUCUGGAAGCUGAGUUGGACACCCGGCGCCUGGCGCAUGCGCUCGGCCACCUGGAGAAGCAGGGUCUGCCAGAGGCAGAGAGCACUUCAAAGAAGCCCCUGCCGCCGCUCCGCCACCUCGACGGGCUGGUGCAGGACUACGCCUCCGACUCGGGCUGUUUUGACGACGAUGAUGCACCAUCCCUGGCUGCCGCAGCCACCACAGCCGAGCCUGCCAGCCCGGCUGUACUCUCUAUGUUCCUUGGCGGUCCCUUCCUUCAGGGCCAGGCACUGGCCCGCACCCAGCCUGCCCGCCAGGGUGGCCUAGAACCCGAGAAGGAGGCUGGCGGGGAGGCAGCUGUGGCUGCCAAAGCUAAAGCCAAGCUGGCGCUGGCCGUCGCUCGGAUCGACCGGCUGGUGGAGGACAUCUCUGCCCUGCACACCUCCUCAGAUGACAGCUUCAGCCUCAGCUCGGGGGACCCCGGGCAGGAGGCACCGAGGGAGGGUCGUGCCCAGUCCUGCUCUCCCUGCCGGGGCACCGAGGGUGGGCGGCGUGAGGCCGGCAGCCGGGCGCACCCUCUGCUGAGGCUCAAGGCGGCCCACACCAGCCUCUCUAACGACAGCCUGAACAGCGGUAGCACGAGUGACGGCUACUGCCCCCGGGAGCACAUGCAGCCCUGCCCCCUGGCAGCGCUGGCAGAGCAGCGCCAUGACCCUCUGCGCGGGCAGACUCGGCCCAGCCGGCUGGACCUGGACCUGCCCAGCCGGGCUGAACUGCCUGCCCGGGACGCGGCGGCCGCCGAUGCCCGCGUGCGGACCAUCAAGCUGUCCCCAACCUAUCAGCACGUGCCACUGCUCGAUGGUGCCGCUGGGGCGGUUGCCAGACCCCUCGCCGGACCCGGAGCCUCCCCAGGGGCUCGGAAACAGGCGUGGGUACCUGCAGAUAGCCUGAGCAGUCCCGAGAAACUGGUGUCCUCCCCGCUGCCUGCGGCCAGCAGGGUGCUGCAGAAACUGGUGGCCCAAGAUGGGCCCAUGUCCCUCUCCCGGUGCAGCUCACUGUCCUCUCUGUCUUCUGCGGGCCAUGCUGGCCCCAGCCAGGCUGAGAACCUCGACGACGACAGUGAUUCAUCCCUGGAGGGGCUGGAGGAGGCUGGCCCCGGGGGGGCGGAGCUGGACGGGGCGUGGCGAGCACCUGGGUCCACCUCUUUGCCCGUGUCCAUCCCAGCCCCGCACCGGGGCCGCAGUAGGGGUCUUGGGGUGGAGGAUGCAACGCCGUCCAGCUCAUCCGAGAACUGCAUCCAGGAGACGCCCUUGGUGCUGAGCCGCUGUAGUUCUGUGAGUUCCCUGGGCAGCUUCGAGAGCCGCUCCAUUGCCAGCUCCAUCCCCAGUGACCCGUGCAGUGGGCUGGGCAGUGGCACAGUGAGUCCCAGUGAGCUGCCCGACAGCCCCGGGCAGACGAUGCCCCCGAGCCGCAGCAAGACGCCGCCGGCGCCCCGCCAGCCUGAGACCAGCCAGUUCAGCCUGCAGUGGGAGAGCUACGUGAAGCGCUUCCUGGACAUCGCAGAUUGUCGGGAGCGGUGCCAGCCGCCCUCGGAGCUGGACGCGGGCAGCGUGCGGUUCACGGUGGAGAAGCCGGAUGAGAACUUCUCCUGCGCCUCCAGCCUCAGCGCGCUGGCCCUGCACGAGCUGUACGUCCAGCAGGAUGUGGAGCUGCGCCUGAGGCCCCCAGUCUGCCCAGACCGCGCAGGCGCAGGCGCAGGCGGCGGGGGACACCGUCGGAGGGAUGAGGCCGCCGGCCGCCUGGAGGCCCCAGCGCCGGCUGGUUCUAGGGCUCGGUCAGCAGCUGAUAAGGAACUGGAGGUACUGCGUGAAUGUCUGGGGGCAGCCAUGCCCGCCCGGCUCCGCAAGGUGGUCUCUGCGUUGGUGCCUGGCCGCCGGGCACUGCCGGUGCCCGUGUACAUGUUAGUGCCCGCCCCGGCCCCCGACGACGAUGACUCUGGCACCGACUCCGCAGAGGGCACACCCGUCAACUUCUCCAGUGCGGCAUCGCUCAGUGAUGAGACCUUACAGGGACCCUCCAGGGACAAGCCGGGAGGGCCCGGAGAGAGGCAGAAACCCACAGGCCGAGCUGCCCCUGCCAGGCAGACCCGUGGGCACCGACCCAAGGCGGCGGGCGCUGGUAAGAGUACAGAGCAGACCCGGGGGGCCGGUAGGAACCGGGCAGGACUGGAAUUACCCCUUAGCCGGCCCCAGAGCGCUCGAUCCAACAGGGAUGGCGCGUGCCAGGCCCGGCCGCGAGGGGACGGCGCUCUGCAGUCUCUGUGCCUCACGACGCCCACCGAGGAGGCCGUGUAUUGCUUCUACGACUCUGAGGAGGAGCCGCCAGCCACGGCACCACCACCCCGGCUGCCGGCUGCCAUCCCGCGGGCUCUUAAGCGAGAGAAACCCACAGGAAGGAAGGAGAUCCCCUCCAGGGCGUCGCAGACUGCCACGCCCCCCGUGAGGGCCCAGCCCAGACUGAUCGUGGAUGAGACCCCACCCUGCUAUUCUUCAGCUAGCUCCCUGAGCGAGCCCGAGGCCCCUGAACAGCCGGCCAGCCACCCCCGAGGCCGGGAGCAGGCAAGCACCAAGGGCCCGGGCCCAGGCAGGAAACAGGACAGCUCCCCAAGCCCGAGGGCAGAGGAGGAACUACUACAGAGGUGUAUCAGCUUAGCUCUGCCCCGGCGCCGGACCCAGGUUCCUGGAUCUCGGCGUCGCAAGACCAGAGCUGCCCGGGCUGACACGCGGCCCACGGAGGCACCCCGGAAAUGCCGCGAGGAGGUGCCUGGCUCUGAUCCAGCCUCCGACUUAGACAGCGUUGAGUGGCAGGCCAUCCAGGAGGGCGCGAACUCCAUCGUCACGUGGCUGCACCAGGCGGCAGCCAAGGCCAGCCUGGAGGCGUCUUCUGAGUCCGAGUCCCUCUUGUCUCUGGUGUCCGGGCUCUCAGCAGGCUCCACCACACAGCCCUCCAAACCCAGGAAAGCACGGAAGCCUGAGGCUGGGGGUGUCUGGCGCCCAGAGAAACGGGGUGCAGCUUCCACUAAGAUCAGUGGGAGUCCACGGUUCCCUAGUGGCCCCGAGAAGGCAAAGGGUGCCCAGAAAACGGUGGCAGGGGAGCCAGCCAUGCUCCGGGGACGGACGGUGAUCUACACAGCCAGCCCAGCCUCCCGGGCUCAGUCCAGAGGAGUUUCUGGCACUUGUACCACACCUAAGAAGCCGGGGACAUCUGGUACUACUCAGCCAGAAACCGCCGCCAAAACCCCCAGCCCUGGGCAACAGCGUUCACGGAGCCUCCACCGGCCAGGGAAGAUCUCGGAGCUAGCCGCCUUCAGCCAUCCGCCCAGGAGCGCGACCCCUCCAGCCCGCCUCGCCAAGACUCCGUCCUCAAGCUCCUCACAGACUUCGCCAGCGUCCCAGCCCCUGCCCAGGAGGUCCCCUCUGGCCACGCCGACUGCAGGGCCUCUGCCUGGCCCUGGGGGGUCCCCAGUGCCCAAGUCACCGGCCCGGGCCCUUCUGGCUAAGCAACACAAGACGCAGAAGUCACCUGUGCGGAUCCCGUUCAUGCAAAGGCCAGCCAAGAGAGGGCCACCCGCCCUGGCCAGGCCGUCCCCAGAGUCCGGACCCAGGGGCAGAGCUGGGACUGAGGCGGCCGCGGGGGUGCGUGGUGGCCGCCUGGGCCUGGUGCGUAUGGCAUCCGCCCGCUCCAGCGGCAGCGAGUCCUCGGACCGCUCAGGCUUCCGCAGGCAGCUGACCUUCAUCAAGGAAUCCCCGGGGCUCCUUCGGCGCCGCAGGUCCGAGCUGUCCUCCACCGACUCCACGGCCUCCACCUCCCAGGCCGCCUCGCCCCACCGUGGCCGGCCGGCACUCCCGGCUGUCUUCCUCUGCUCCUCUCGCUGCGAUGAGCUGCGAGCGUCCCCGCGGCAGCCCCUGACGCCACAGAGGUCCCCACAGAGGUCCCCACAGGCCAAGCCAGGUCCUGCCCCUCGCGCGCCCAGGCGCACCAGCUCCGAGAGCCCCUCCCGCCUGCCUGUGCGGGCGCCCCCCGGGCGGCCCGAGACGGUCAAGCGGUACGCGUCCCUGCCGCACAUCAGCGUUGCACGCAGGCCAGAGAGCGCCGUCUCGGUGUCCGCCACCCAUGCCAACACCGCUCGCCGGGGGAGUGACGGGGAGGCCAGGCCGCUGCCCAGGGUGGCUGCGCCAGGUACCACCUGGCGUCGGAUCAAAGACGAAGACGUCCCCCACAUCCUGCGUAGCACCCUGCCGGCCACCGCCCUGCCUCUCAGGGGUCCAUCACCCGAGGACAGCCCCGCGGGGACUCCACAACGCAAGACCAGUGACGCAGUGGUACAGACAGAGGACGUGGCCACCUCUAAGACCAACUCCAGCACGUCACCCAGCCUGGAGAGCAGGGAUCCCCCACAGGCCCCGGCCAGCGGCCCCGUUGGUCCACUGGGCAGCGAUGUGGAUGGGCCAGGCCUCACCAAGACGCCUGCCUCUGCGCCCUUCCCCCACGAGGGCCUGAGUGUCGUCGUGGGGGGCUUUCCCACCAGCAGGCAUGGCUCCCCCAGCAGGGCCGCUCGGGUUCCUCCCUUUAACUAUGUACCCAGCCCCAUGGCGGUGGCCACAGCUGCCAGCGACUCUGCAGUGGAGAAGGCCCCUGUCACCUCCCCAGCCAGCCUCCUGGAGUAGUGGGUGCAGGCCAGCCUUCCGGAACGUUCUCUCUGCCCUGUGGCCCAGUCUGGCUGCCCUGGGGGCUUGCUCUCCAGACGCCCCGAGCAGGCACAUCUGUGCCCUCGGAGCUCCUGCUCAGCUCACACCUCCACACCUCAGGGCCAGCCCUCGCUUCUCCGCCUGGGGCUCAGGGGACCGGGUGUGGACAGGCCCCAGGGCACACACAGCGCCAGUUCCCGAGUUUGGCCUGGGAAGGGGACGGAGAGCCAAGCUCUGAGGGACACUGUAGGUCCCUGGAGGACCUGCCCUGGGCUGCACCCAGUGGGAGGGUGGGCACGCUCUCUAGGGAGGUGACUGAGCUUGCCUCCGAGGUGGGGAGGUGGGGACAGGCUGUGGGGAGGGCGGGGAGGCCGAGGCAGCUGGGGCUGCCUCAGCCCUGCACCAGAAGCCUGCAAUUAGUGCCGGGCUAAUUGGUUAAUGAGGACUCUGCCAGGCGCUCGCCUUCUCAGAGGCAGCUGAGGAGCGCUGUGUGAAGGGCGCAGCCUGGCUGCUCACAGCGUUCAUCACGGCCGCUGAGAGAUCGGCAGGGGUGAACGGUCCCCUCAGCGCAGAUUCUGGGGAGCCGCUGACCCCAUGUCCCUUCACUGUCCCGUAGGAGGGGCUGUAGUCCAGGGGACAGGCUGGCUGCCAGCUGGACAGGCUCUAGGGGCCGAGGAAGGGCGAGCAGGCCUAGGCAUCCCCGGGGAGGCGGCCCGGGACCAGCACCGCAGGAGGAGGAGGCAGGUCCGUCUGUGGGAGCCUGGUCCUUCCCAGUGUACUGCGUCUAUGCAGCGGGUGGUGUCAGGAUGUGAGAUCCUCCGGCUCACCCACAGCCUGGAGUCAGUGUGGGGGCCUGGGGCUGCCAUGGAGGGCAGGGAUCAAGACGGGGAGUUUGAUGAAGACCCAAGGUAGGGGGCGGGCCUUCGAGGACGGGGUCUUGGGUCUCAGCUCAGUGUGUCUUCCUGCAGAGAGAGCCAAUGACCUCUCUCCUGUGGGACCCCGGCUGCUCUCUGCAAGGGGACUGUAACCACGUCCACCUGCAGCAGUCGCUCCCAGGGGACACCGUCCCUUGAGCUGGCCUCAAAGCCCUGCUCUGAGAGGAGGGAGGUGGUUUUGAGAACAAGUUGGGAGACCCCGGAAAGGCCUGCAGACACUGCUGCCCCUCCCCACCGGUCCUUUCUAUGGCAGGGGAACCGGCAGAUCCACGAUCGCCCUCAUGCGUGGGCAUGCUCACAACCAGGGGUCACCUCCAGGGCUGGCCCUACAGUGAUGCCCGACUUCACCGGCUCCCGACAUCCGCCCAGUGCUUUGACAUCCCACAGCGGGAACACCGGGUACCACCCGCUCCAUCCCAGGACCUCGCCUGCUGCACAGGAAUCUGGCAGAGUGCCAAGGGCACGCAGGCCUGAGGGAGAUAAGGAAGAAGCAAGGCGGCUCUGGGACCCCGGCUCACAUCCACCACGUACCCCCGGACACCCCCUCCCCGCGGUGGGGACGUGGCGGUGGACAGAUGUCCAGCUGGGGCUGGAGAGGUGAACCUCAUCUUCUGCAGACUGAACCUGUAAACCACGCACUGUGAGACCCCAGGUGGCACGGGCUGCUCUGUGCCUCAGUUUCCCCACGUGGGCCGUGGGAGGACUGAGUGCAGCAGCAGCAGGUCUGGACCGUGGCACCAGCACAGAAGGGCCAUCACUCUUAGCCGCCUCCCCCUGUCCUCGGCCUUGGGCCCAGCAGCCACGUUUGCCUUCUCCACCCCACGGCAGGGUUCACAAGCCGCAGAGCAACAUCCAGGCCAGGGUGGGUAAGAGCUGGCGUGGGACAGCGGCUUCCGGGGUAACCAGAGCCAGGGCUCAGUCUGCCUCUGGAGUGUCCUCAGAGACGGAAGAGGAGGGUCCGCUGUCCGCCAGGCUGGCAAUGGCUAUGGGCGCCCUGAGCUGGAGACCAGUGGUCCCCUGCAGACUAACCACUGGGUGCCUGAACAGGGCGGCACGCCCACCCGUUACCUCACCUCCCGACCUGUCUGUGGCACUGUCUUGCUCAUACCUGGUUGGUCUGUCCCCUGCCGCUGCCCCAUCUCUGUCCCGUCCGUCCUACAGGGUGAACGUUUCUGUACAUACUGACCCCCCAACCCCAUGUAGACACACCCAGCGGGACACCCGGCUUCUGGUUCUUGUUCACAUCUUUAAUAAAAUCAGUCGCUGAGUUGC